GUCACCAUGGAGGCGAGGUCAGAUCCUGAUAUGGAGCUUGGUAACGAAAACGCCUUUUCCGCGGCAGACAUCAUGAAGAUUAAUAAGUUCUACAACUGCCCACAGAAAAACGAUUUGUAUAAAAACAUGGAGGUGAUGGUGCAAACUGGUGAUGGAUAUUUAGAUGGGACCGACGCCUUUUUGUACCUCGAGCUGAUCGGUGACAAAAGGAGCUCUGGGGAGAGCAGUGUUGCUAAAGGCAGCUAUUACGACGACUUUGAGAGGGAUGCAAAAGAGAACUACUAUGUAGCAUUUAAAGACGUGGGCACUAUUCGCCAGCUAAAGGUCAGAUUGCAAAAAAACCCUAAUGGAAGUUAUUUUGACGGAUGGACUUUUUCAAAGAUCACCGUCAAAGACGGAGACAAGACUUACACUUUCGGCGAAAAAAAUGUUUAUCCAAGCCAGACUGUUACAAUAAAUGCCUCCUAAACAAAAUAUUCCAGGCAUGUAUUGGUUUAAUUUCAUCUUUCAGUUGAUUUUGAUUAACAAAAUGGAGGUUAGAUAUGAAUGCAGAUGUGUAAUGAGGUCAGGAAGCACUGUAAAAGAAAUUAAACUGCACCCAAUGAACUUUCAUGACGUUUGCUGUCUUGUCGCAGAAAGUUUCAGGUCACGGUUCCUUGAAUUUAAGUGAAAUCUGAAGAAACGUCACUGUAAGGACGACGCAUCGUAAGUUCGAUGAAUCUAUCUAUUUCUUAUCAAAAUUUAUUGAAUACCGGAUACCCAGGCAACUCCGUUUCGAGAUUGUUGCGUGCACUUGUCCUUUUUCCAACAACCUUUUUCGAAACAGCUGUAUACUAACAGUGACUAGCGUUGGUGUUGGCACUUUUUUUUCGCAGAGCGGCGACCAAGCAACAACUGUAUGCAAGGACGAUCAGUCCGGCAACCUCUCAUUUGAUUUGCUCUUUUAUUAAAAUAGGUUCGCUGUCUGAAUUUUUAAGUCACUGAUUUGAACAAAGUCAGUUUCAUUCUUGGUGACAAACCCGUAACGAAACGGCUACUAUCAAUAAUAUUUUUCGAACUGCAUCUGUUGAUACUAAAGAAAGUGAGCAAUUGUUGCUCGUAUCUCACCGAGAUAACAUCUUGAAUAAUGAGGACAGAAGUGAAUUGUCUGCGCCAAUGACCUUAUCUAACUUUUUUUUGUUGUGCAAAACUGCGGACUUCCAUCUCACGACCAUUUUCCUAGAGUUUGUCAAGUCCUUUCCCCCUAUGGCGCCAAGUAUCGCGAGGGUAUAACUGGCGUGACACCUGCAGUGCAGGUUUGAGGUUGCACUAUUUUGU